GCGGCGGUCUGAGGGACGGCCGCGGGCGCUCUUUACGGCAGGCGGCGGUCUGAGGAGUGGUUGCGCUUCGCGGUACCGUCGGGAUGAAGCUGACCACACAGGCUUACUGCAAGAUGGUGCUGCACGGCGCCAAGUACCCGCACUGCGCCGUGAACGGGCUGCUGGUGGCCGAGAGACCGCCGGGGAGCCGGGGCCGAGAGCAGGCCGGGCCGCCUUCGCUAUUCGUCGACUGCAUCCCGCUGUUCCACGGCACGCUGGCGCUGGCGCCGAUGCUGGAGGUGGCCCUCACGUUGAUUGACUCUUGGUGCAAAGAGAACAGCUACGUGAUAGCUGGAUAUUACCAGGCGAAUGAACGCGUGAAAGAUGCCAGUCCAACCCAGGUUGCUGAGAAGGUGGCUUCCCGAAUUGCAGAGGGCUUUAACGAUACAGCACUCAUCAUGGUUGAUAACACCAAGUUCACAAUGGAGUGCUUGGAACCUGCCAUUCACGUGUACGAGCUUCACGAGAACAAGUGGAGGUGCAAAGACCCACAUGUUGAUUUUUGUGAAGAUUGGAGUGAAGCUCAGAGAAUUGCUGCAUCUCUCUUGGACAGCAAGUCCUAUGAAACACUCGUGGAUUUUGAUAACCACCUGGAUGACAUCCGGAACGACUGGACAAACCCAGAGAUCAACAAAGCUGUCCUCCACCUGUGUUAGAAGGCUUCCUACUGACUCACGUUCCCACUACGUACUGAAGAGACAAAGAUGAUAUUUUUGAAUGUAAAUAGAAUAAUAUUCAGUACCUGGUGUGGAAAGCUGGAGUGACACAUCACAUUGCCAAGGGUGAUGUGCCUAUAAGCUGUUGAAUCCUUGUCGUGAGGUUCAUUGGCAGAGCUGCACGCCGUCAGUUCCAGCUGUCCCCGUGGAUGCCUUCCUGGUUGCAGUGAAUGUUGCUAUUCCUUCAAAACCAGAACGACUCCUGCUUAUUUCCCCUUGUUCAUAUCACCAAGUUUUGACUAAGCUUUUGUACUCGAGAGAGAGAGAAUAAUUUUUAAAGAUUUAUGAAGAUAGGUUUCCAAAAAAAAAAAAGAAAAAACCAACAAGCAGCAAACAAACCAGUUUUGUCCUCAGAUGAGGUAUUUUGAGGUCAAAUAUCAAAAGUUAACUGUUUCAGGGUAGUUUUUUCUCUGGCCUGGCUGGAAAUGGCCUUUUUUCACUGCAGCAUAAUGCAUACUGCUGAGGAUGAUGUGCCAUGCUCAGGUGUCACCUGAUCUGCAGUGGUUUUGCAUGACACAGCUACAGAAAAUGCACUAGGGCUGUAUUCCCAAAUGCUGCAGUCAUUUCUGCUGACCCUGGACACACAACCAUAGUUAUUGCCUGGAAAAGUUAAAACACAAAGUAAAAUGGGAUGCUCACCUCGUGUGAUUUUUUCUGUUUGGUUUGAUUUGAAGCCUGAAAUGACGAGAUUGAAUGAAAGCUCUAAAAUCCUUUUAAGACUACAAAAGGAGAGGGUGAAAUACAGUAUUGUUUCUAUGCA